GUCGCACGGCAAUUUGUCCCAUGCAUCUGCAGCUUCAUUAGCACAAGGUUGCGCUGCCCACCCUGUAAUGUUAUCACAGGUGCGGGAAUUUGUCUUAAAUUAACUGGGUUUGUUUGAACCGCGCGCGACUUCUUGACAUCGGCGAAAGUUGGUCCGCGGACAAAGGCUCCACAUUUGCCAAUCCUACGCAAGGUGCACACUAUCGCUGCUUCCUGCGUACUGCAUAUAGUUGGCUUUCUAUACUCGAUCCGUUGUGCUCCCCCAGUCUGAUCUGCAAAGCAUUAAAGUUGAUUAAACCAUGCGUGGGUGGUUUGAUGCCUUUCGGACGAACGAUGGACCAACGCAAUACGCUUCGGAGCACAUCGCAGCCACACACGACAACAUCCUCAUCGGCAUCUACACCGCUCUUGCUGCCACGUUUGUGGCCUUCCUCCUCAUUAUCCCCGGGAUCAGACACAAUAAAACGUCCACUUUGAUAAUUUUAGCUGGCAGUAUGUUCGUACUAGCCAGCAUAGCCAUCGGCUUGUUCUCGCCCAACUGGCAUGUCGCCUCGUCCACUCUACUGGCAUCAUAUAAACGCUCCACACCCGCGACAAUGCGUGGAAGAAUCGGUGUCUACAUUGGGUUGGAAUCGUUUAACGUCACAUUGGAAGUAACGGAAGGAAACCAUAGUUAUCGUGACCUGGAGAGCGACGAUUUUCUUUUCUCCGAUCCGUCAGAUGGUCCUGACAGUGGCGGCUUAUUGCAGUUUAAUGAGCGCUACUCAUUCCGCGCAGUUGAUGACGUACAGAAGCAGUAUCAGAAAUCUCUGAAGCGCGGCUUGCCGUAUCCAAUCUUGACCGUGGCGGAAGUGAUGUCCAUGGAUGCUGGCGGUUUCACUUGGGGUCGCAGUUAUCGUCUGGCUGGUUAUUACGCCGGAAUUCUUUUGUGGUCGUCUUUGGCAUCCUGGAUCGUGAUGAGUAUAUUGUUUUGUUUGGUACCAUGUUACAGUGGUUAUUUCAUGCUUAUCACCGGCUCCCUAAUGCUUUUAUGCAACGUGUUGUAUUCCGUGUUGUUACCGUCGUCAACGCUGAUUGUGCGCUUUGAGGAUGGACUUCUGGUUUUCCAGUACGGCUGGUGCUUCUGGAUGGUACUCUGCGCCGGCCUUUUGUGUGUAUUUGUGGGAUUUGCCAUCACAGUUACUAAUUACUUCCUGCCCGAGUUGCUAUCCGAUCUGUAUUCCACUUGGAAGUAUAACAGUCGAUUGAUUCCAUUACAGCGAGCGUAUUUUAUUUAUACUGACCAGUUUUUAUACCCCACUGACCGUCUUCAGCAACACAGAAGCGCGCCCACCGCUACUAUACAGGUUUUACCUUUGGACCACAAUGAUUCCCUUCCGGAGAAGCGUUCCAUCAUCAAUCCGACAGGCGGUGAUCACCGACAUCCAGUCUUAUCCAGCUGUUUUGAAGGCGAGAGCAGCACGCGCACUAGUACUGCAGCUGAUGUUCGCGAUAAUGUCCAAGGAGUUUGCCACAGUUCCAACUUGUCCAUGUAUUGACGAACCGCUUUUUCAGAACACGCUUUUGCUGGGGAUAAAAUGUUUUCUGCAUUAAAGGAUUGUACAGCUAUUGUUAUUAAGCUUUGUCUGUGAUUUUGCUCUGUCAGAUCGUUUGUUAUAUGGCCAUUACAAUGUAAUUGUUUUGCUGGAUUUUCAUAAAUUUUACCGAUAAAAGCUGAAAUAAGAACAAAAGGCAACGUUGUCCUUUGUUUUU